AUGAGGCAUAGCCUGACCAAGCUGCUGGCAGCCUCGGGCAGCGACUCCCCAACCCGCAGCGAGAGCCCGGCGCCGGCCGCGACCUGCUCGCUGUCCCCGGAUCUGACCCGGGCGGCGGCGGGGGAGGAGGAGACGGCGGCGGCCGGAUUUCCCGGCCGCCAGCAGCUGCCCGGCGACGAGGGCGUGUUGGAGGCCGGGAGGGGGAGCCGCGGCGGCGUGGCCGUGCGCGCGCCCUCGCCCGAGGAGAUGGAGGAGGAGGCUGUCGCCAGCGUCCCCGGGGAAGAGACGGAGGACAUGGACUUUCUGUCCGGGCUGGAACUGGCGGAUCUGCUGGACCCCCGGCAACCGGACUGGCACCUGGAGCCCGGGCUCAGCUCGCCCGGGCCUCUCUCCUCGUCCGGCGGAGGCUCAGAUAGCGGCGGCCUGUGGAGAGGGGACGACGACGACGAGGCCGCGGCUGCUGAGAUGCAGCGCUUUUCAGACCUGCUGCAGAGGCUGUUAAACGGUAUCGGCGGCUGCAGCAGCGGCAGUGACAGUGGCAGCGGCGAAAAGAGGCGGAGAAAGUCCCCGGGAGGAGGAGGCGGUGGCGGCAGCGGCAACGACAACAACCAGGCGGCGACAAAGAGUCCCCGGAAGGCGGCGGCGGCCGCUGCCCGUCUUAAUCGGCUGAAGAAGAAGGAGUACGUGAUGGGGCUGGAGAGUCGAGUCCGGGGUCUUGCAGCCGAGAACCAGGAGUUGCGGGCCGAGAAUCGGGAGCUGGGCAAACGCGUACAAGCACUGCAGGAGGAGAGUCGCUACCUACGGGCAGUCUUAGCGAACGAGACUGGACUGGCUCGCUUGCUGAGCCGGCUGAGCGGCGUGGGACUGCGGCUGACCACCUCGCUCUUCAGAGACUCGCCCGCCGGUGACCAUGACUACGCUCUGCCGGUGGGAAAGCAGCAGCAGGACCUGAUAGAAGAGGACGACUCAGCGGGAGGAGUGUGUCUUCAUGUGGACAAGGAUAAGGUGUCGGUGGAGUUCUGCUCGGCGUGCGCCCGGAAGGCGUCGUCCUCUCUUAAAAUGUAGGGUCAAGUAAUCUGCUCUUUAUCCGCGUUUACCCCUUUCAACUCCCUUACACCAUGUAAAACCUUAGUGGGACAUCUUCACUGGACACAUUUCAGAGGAGGAAAAAAAAGUAAUAUUGAAUCUUUAAGUGUUUAGCUAAAAGCAUGAAUGUGACACUGUAACCAACUCCUAAUGAUAACAUGUGACUAUUAAAUCUCUCUGACAGUUUCUUUUUUAGGUGAUUUCCUUCCUGCCAGGCUCCGUUGUAGGGGUUACAGAACAGUCGUUCCCGCCUCACAACCUGUGGAUACAGCUGUUGGGGCAGAAGAUACGGGACCAGCUGCUGGCCACAUUUCCUGCUUUAUUUUAAAAGUUAUGGGCUCAAAGAAUUUAUUCAUCUCUAACAUGACAUUGGAAAAUAAUGGAUGAAAUAGGAAAAAUGAUUGUUGUUAAUGCUGACUGUGGGUCUUAAUCAAAAGGUUCUGGAAGCACUUAGCAGUGUCUGCAAAAACGAAUCUUUUCCUACAACCUGUUAACUGACUGGACUGAUGGUAACAAAGUAAUUGUGGGAGCCAUGUCGAUCAAAAAUUGGCAUCUGCUGAAAAAAAUGAUUGCCAUUUUCAAGUUCCCAAAUUACUUCUGUACUGAUUUCACUUUCCAGAAAUGGAGAUAUGAAAAGAUUCUCUGGAAUCCUUGAAAGACUUAAUAGAAAUACAUGAGACUAAGUUAAUUUUGGAACAAAUUUUUUGUCUUUCAUGGGAGUGAUACUCAGUUCUUUGCAUACCUUUUAAAAAUUGUAACCAUUGGAGAAGAGAAUUAUAGUAGUUCAUCAAGAAAUAUUAGAUUCUUUACAUAAUCGAGAGCACAUUCUAUGGAUUUACAUUUAGUCAACUAGAAUUACAUAAACAGGCCAUCAGUGAUCACAAGGCAUAUCAUGAGUUUUGUAUUUAUUUCUUGGAACAUGAGAGCUAAUUUGGAGUACAGACAGACCCUGCUGAGUAGAGUAUAAAAGUUAAUGUAAAGUCCUUAAUUAUAAAGAGUAGUCUUUUUAAAUAGAUGCAUUGAUUUGUCUGUAUAUCUUUGAAAAAAUUGAUUAUGAUUAAAUGUGUGCGUAGUUAAUUGCAAUUUAGGAUAAUACCAGGAUGUGUGGAUUCUGAGGUUUUGGCUUCUUGAGCUUUCUCUGAGUACUUGACACUGUUUUUUUGAAUAUUUUGAAGUUUCUAAUGAAUGGUAUACUAGUUUCUACUGUUUUAUAUUAAAAUUUCUCUAGUGUUAUGUAAGGGCUUUAGUAUUCUGGAUGAUGGGAGUGGCUUUUUUCGUGGUAUAUGGUUUUACUUAAUAGAAAUAUUUUUCUGCUUUAUUAUAAGUGCGAAAAAACACAAAAACUCUGGAUUGUUUUAUUUCAUUUUCAUUGGGUUAUGUUAAUACACUCUUUCACCUGGUCUAGACUGAGUCAUUUUAUCUUACUGUUUGACUCAUUUGUGGAAAUGGGUAGAUAGAAGAGGGAAGGGGUAGGCUCUUAUUUCAUAAUAACUAUAUAGCUGGUUAUUGUAUGGUAUUAUUCAAAACUUAUUAAAUCCCGUUCUUAUUAAAUCCCGUAAUCUAAGUGUAUUCAGUGCCUGUGAAGCCAGGCGGCAAAGAGCAUUCCCAUUAGCUUAUAUGUAAGUAGCUGAUGCUCCUACAGUACGGAUGGUUAUAAUUUCACAACCAGAGGUGUAGGCACCAACACAAUUUGGUGACCAUAACUACUACUUUGAUGAAUACAGAGUGGAUUAUUCAUUGAUAAUGAAUAAUUGUCUUUAAUAUGCUUACCUAGUUCAGCAUUUUGAAGGUGUAGUUUAAGGUCUCACUAAUUUAGUCAAAUUUUUAAGCUAAAUAAUCUGAUGACUUUUGAAGUUGAAUAGGUAUUAAGAUAUUAACAAGUGUUUUUUUCUUGCCAGACUCAUAUGAAUACAAAGCUUUGAGAACCUCCUAAAUGUUUAUAUUUUUACUGUUUUUCUGUUUUUUUCAUUUGUUACCAUCUAAGCCAGUGAUCAGAAAGGGGAAGUCUUCCAUUAGAAACUUGCAGAAUAUUUUGUUUGAUUAGCAUGGUGUUUUUCAUAUAUUUAAAUUUGAAUACAUUUAUAUGUAGCCUCAACACUCUCUCAGUCACUCCCUAUUGUCUUAAUUUUGUUGACCCAAAAUUACUUGUUGAAAAUAUUUUGCUCUAUUUUCAUAAUGAACUGAUUUAAAAAUCUAGUCACUGAUUGUGUUUUAAACAUUUGUGUAGUUCUGUUAAUAUACUGGUUUAAAUUUUAUUGGUAGCCCAACUUCUUUAGAAUGUGCCUCCAAAUUCUGUAUCUUUUCUGUAUACUCACUGAGGUCAAUUUCCUAGACUCCUCUGGCUCUUAGUGUACUCUAGUUUGGGGGUUAUGAAAUAUAUUAAUAAGUAAAGUAUAACAUAAUACACUUUUUAAAAAGCCAGAUAUGCAAAGUGGAUUGUAAAAGACAGAUUUAAAUAGUUUGUCUGCUAUGACUGCACUGAAAUAUUAAAAACUAUUUUUCUGACUGGCAGUGUUUUUUAGGUCUUAGCUACAAAUGACUGUUUCCUUAAAUUGUAAAGCUGAUCACAGCAAGUUCACAUCAUGUAUCUUCCCUCUGAACGAAAAUUUGGUAAAGUAGUUUUGUAUUAACAGACUUAAAAUGCUUUACAAAGCUUAUUUUACCCAUUUCUACUAAUUGAAGAGAUGAUUUAAGAAAUAUGUGGCAGAGGACAGAUAUUAGAAAGAAAUCCUUUUUGGUUACAGAAAGCAUUGUAAACUCUUAUACCCAUUUAUAGAUGAUAUGCUAGGGAGUAAAUACUCUGAGAAUGUUUAAGGAUAAGUAAGGAAACAAUCUGUACUAAAUUGUCAAACAACUUAGUUAUAUGAAUGGGGUUUGAAUGAUCUAAGUUGAUUGAACCAUUCUGUAUUCUUAAGGAGUCUAUUCAGUAAUUUGGGUUUCUUAUUUUUGAAGUCAGGAAUUCAUUGUUUCUUUCACUGUGAUAAAUAGAACUUUGCUUUAAGUAAGUGGUAGAAUGCCUGUACUGACCAGCCGUCAAAAAAAAAAAAAAGUGAUGGAAUACAGAUAAAAUGGAUAAUUUUGGGUCAGAGAACUUUUAAUCUUGAUAUUUUAGCUUGUAAAAGAAACACCUAAUUUUUUUGCCUUUUAAAUUUUACAUAUAUAUAUUUAUUUCUCUCCCUAGCUGUAAAAAUUAAAGCAUAUUCAUUAUAGGAAACUUGGAAAAUCCAGAAAGAAUCAAGAAGAAAAUCAUCCGUAACUCUGUAUAUAGUCCAGAGAAUAUCAGUAGUAAACAUUUUGGCAUAUUUCCUUUCAGUCUCUUGUGCAUAUAGAUUCUUUUGCAUCAUAAUUGGAUCAUUUCUUAUACAAAUUUGGUAGAGAAUACAUUUUAUGUGACUGUUGCAAGAACAAACCAUCUUUGCUUUCUGAAAAAUAUACUAAUUUCACUUGAAUUUUGGCAGCACCGCUUUAUUUUCAUUCUUAAACAGAGGCUGAAAGCCUAUUUCACUUGCAGAGCUGCCUUUUCUGAAUUGUCCUUUUUCAUAAUUUUAAGUAGCAUAAGAUUACUUAACAGACAUGUCACUAUACUUGGAAGGAAUAGUUAAGGUGCUCACGAAUGUGGAAUGUGGUACAGGAUGGCAUUUAAGGUUUUGCUUGGUGUUUUUUUGUGAUGACUGGCUUGCCUAAUAAGAAAGUGUUGGUCU